AUGCCUAAAGCAGCCAGAUUAAAUACAGUUUCCCGCCAGGACCGCCGCCAUAAUCCCCUCAGCGAAGAAUAUUCCCCGACCGCCCCACUCAAGCAGAAAGCAGGAAAGAAGCGAAAGUCCAUUAAUGAGAAUGACAAAGGAGGAUAUGUAGACAGCAAGGCAUCGCGGAGGAUCUUGGAUCUGGGUCAAGACCUUGCGGCAGAAGAAGAGGCAGAGCAGCAAUCAAAACGACCGGCCACCGCACAAAACACAGCAUUCGCAUUCGAGAGCAGAUUUCCCAUAGAUGAUGAGGAUGAAGAAAGUGGGGCGGAGGUUGGCGAGUACGAUGACGAGGAAGCAUGGGGAUCAGAAGAAGAGGAAGUAGAAGAGAUCGAGGUGGACCCGAACGACCUCGAGAUGUUCAACAAAUUCAAUCCGGAAUUCGAUCCCUCAACUUUACUGAAUCCAAAGAGUGGUGAAGAUGAUGAAGAAGCACAAGGACCGGGAACGAACCUUGCAGAUCUAAUUCUGGAGAAGAUCCAAGCACACGAAGCCCAGCAAAGAGGAGAGCUAGACGGCUUGCCACAGAUACAAGGCGGAGGCGAUCCUGAGGACGCUGUGGAGCUGCCAGCGAAAGUUGUGGAGGUAUACACACAAGUUGGUCUGCUAUUGUCACGAUACAAGAGUGGCAAACUACCGAAGCCUUUCAAGAUUCUACCGACUCUUCCACAAUGGGAUGUGCUCAUCUCUAUUACGAGACCCGAUAGCUGGACGCCGAAUGCGGUCUACGAAGCAACCAAGAUUUUCACAUCUUCUCGACCGGCUGUCGCACAGGCUUUCUGCUCCGACGUCCUGCUUCCCUGUGUCCGGGAGGACAUUCGUGAGACGCGAAAACUCAAUGUGCAUCUCUACAAGGCUUUGAAGAAAGCACUGUACAAGCCAGCCGCAUUUUUCAGAGGCCUUCUGUUUCCGCUCGUUGGAUCCGGUACAUGCUCACUGCGAGAAGCUCAGAUCAUCAGCUCGGUACUUGCCCGAGUGUCGAUUCCAGUCCUACAUUCUGCUACAGCGCUUUACAGGUUGUGCGAAAUUGCUGCUGAGCAGAUGAUGCAUGAUGCCGAGUCUGCCGGAGCUUGUAACAUCUUCAUUCGAACACUUCUUGAAAAGAAGUACGCUUUGCCGUUCCGAGUUGUGGAUGCACUGGUCUUCCAUUUCCUGCGAUUCCGCGCUAUGCAGGAUGGAAGUGACGAUGUAAAUAUGGAUGGCAAUGGCCACGCUUUCCCUGGAAAGAAAGGUGCAGCAGAUCCCAAACUCCCCGUCCUUUGGCAUCAGUCACUUCUAGCAUUUGCUCAGCGAUACAAGAACGAGAUUACCGAGGACCAGCGAGAGGCACUGCUUGAUCUCUUGCUGGUGCGAGGACACAAGCAGAUUGGACCGGAGGUUCGAAGGGAGCUGCUCGAAGGCAGAGGUAGAGGGGAGGUUAGAGAACAGGAAACGGGCGAUGGAGGAGACGAUACCAUGAUGGACAUGUAA